GUCAAUGUGUUCAUGUUUCUUCUCUCUUCAAACUUCAAAACAGAAACUAGAGCAAGCUGGCUAACCUUUGGUCAACCAAUGAAUGAAAAACGACAACUUUCAGCAAACUUUCUUUAUUACUUCUUUCAUCUUCAUUGAUAUCCGUGUGAGAGAAGCCAAAGAAAACUACUAACUCAUGUGGAUGUCAACCUUUUCUUCUGGUUUUUCGUGAAAACUUCAACCUUCUCGAACGUGUACGGAACCAAGCCAUGCCCUUCUGUGUUCUUUCCCUUAUGCAGAUGCAUCUGGGGUAUCCUUAUUCACUGCAUAGUUGUGCUUUGCUGCUUUAUAGGUUGUAAUGGUAUCAUGGGGAUUUGUUCUUGACAGUCAUUGAUUUUGGUGAUUUGUUGAAUGAUAGCAAGUUGAUCAGAGACCGUGCUUAAGAAUCAUAGGUUGAACAGAGAUUGUGCAUGAUAAAUAAGCAUAGCUGAUUGAUUAUGCAAUGAAGUGCUUUCACUAUUUCAGAGAUAAAUCUAGAAACAGUAGGCAAAGGUCAGCACCUGAACUGAAGGAGAAAGAGAAAAUGGACUUUUCAGGAGCUGAGAGGGUCACCAAGUCUUCAAGCUCAUCUGCUUCACCCCGCGGUAUACCAGAACUGUAUGAGGAAAAGGGUCAGAAUUUGAGGGUCUUCUCCCUCUCAGAGCUCAAGCGUGCAACAAGUGAUUUCAACAGGCUUUUUAAGAUAGGAGAAGGUGGAUUUGGAAGUGUGUUUAAAGGUUCAAUCCAGCCUGCUGAUGGGAAUGGAAAUUCUGUUGUAGUUGCUAUCAAAAGGCUUAACAAGGAUGCAUUACAGGGCCAUAAGCAAUGGUUGACUGAAGUUCAGUUUCUUGGUGUUGUGGAACACCCAAAUCUUGUCAAGCUUAUUGGAUACUGUGCUUUGGACGACGAACGAGGCAUCCAGAGACUACUCGUGUAUGAAUACAUGCCGAACAAAAGCUUAGAGUUUCAUCUUUUCAAUAAAGCUUUUAAUCCUCUUCCUUGGAAAACUAGACUUGAAAUAGCACUUGGAGCAGCUCAAGGGUUAACUUAUCUUCAUGAAGAAUUAGAAAUUCAGGUGAUAUAUCGAGAUUUUAAAUCUUCAAAUAUAUUACUGGAUGGAGAUUUUAAGCCAAGGCUUUCUGAUUUUGGACUUGCCAGGGAAGGGCCAGUAGCUGGUGAUACUCAUGUUUCAACAGCUGUGAUGGGGACGUAUGGUUAUGCUGCUCCAGAUUACAUUGAGACAGGUCAUCUCACAGCCAAGAGUGAUGUGUGGAGUUUUGGAGUGGUUUUAUAUGAAAUGCUUACUGGCAGGCGUUCAAUGGAAAGAAACAGGCCUAAAUCAGAGAAGAAACUGCUGGAGUGGGUGAAGCAAUACCCUCCUGACAGCAAGAAGUUUGACACAAUAAUGGAUCAGCGACUUCAAGGAGAGUAUUCCAAGAAUGGAGCAAGAAAACUCGCAAAACUCGCCGAUCAUUGCCUGCGUAAGAGCGCGAAAGAUCGGCCAACGAUGAGUCAGGUGGUGGAGAGACUGCAGCAGAUAAUGGAAGACACUGAUGAGGCAGAUGACAGAAGUGUUGAGGUAUCAGAAAAUGGUCAGGCUGAGGCUGAAGUGAAGGGAAAUCAAUUAAGGUCUUCAGAGUUGUGGAAAAAGAGGAUGGAACAUCUUGCAAAACUUGGUGAAAGUGUGGAGAGUGCUGGCAGAAAAAGAUUUAUGAUCCUUCAGAGAGCCAAUGUGUCCUCAUAGUUUCAUAUGUUAGAAGUCUCACAUCGACUAAAGAUAAAGAUAAGGUCAAAUUGUAAUAUUGUCAUAAUUAUAAACAAGGUUCAUUUUGGGAGAUAUUGUCAUAUGUGUUUAAAUGCUCCCAAGCCAAUCUUUAUGUGAUAUGUUAUCAACCCUUUUUCUCAAAGUGAAGCAUGUGAUUAUUUAUGUUGCAUAUUAAAAUGGCUUAGGAUUUGAGAUUGGAA